GCCAAAUCAUACACGCGUCGUCCCUUGCUCGGAGGAGUGCGUACCUUUUGCAACUUCAACAGUACUGAACCACCUUUCUCGCCUCACUUCUUUCUCAAUUUAUAUUCGGCCACCUCGAAUCCAUAUUGAUGACUUCUUUCUACAUCCGUCUUGGCUUCUUAGACCUGGUGAUGAACUCAAAAGGUGGUCACCCGAUUGGGCCGCAUCGAGGGCAGAGAUCCGAAAACAUAUGAGUUGAUACUCUCGCGGCUAUAUCUUUACAUAGGUGCAAACGUAACUCUUUUCUUUUCGGACUUGCUGUGCACUGUCCGUCUCGACCGACUACUCGGGAGCGGCGGGUUCCUUUUCUUCAAUUUGAAAAGUAGCCUCUUGUCUUCAUGAAUGGCACCGGCUAAGUAAGUGGACGGCAUCAUGGUGUUGUUGUUGAUGAUGGGUACGUUGGCAUGCGUGUUGCACAAGCCCGACGAGGGUUUUCGUUGUCUCUACGAGGAUAAUACUGCGGGGACGUUUGACGGCUUGCGUGGAGAUAUUUAUAAGAGAAGCUUCACCAACACGAGAGGAAGAUUCGAUUCGAGUAAAAUCCUAGACAACAACACGGGAGGGGUGGGGGAUGGAUGGCUAUCUAUCUGAUUGUAGUCGGUCUAACAACCAUUUAACUGUG